GAGCAGCUCGAUGGCAACGAUGAUGUCGUCCUCUUCGGAAGAGGGAGAGCCGACGGAGCCACGGCGCUCCGCCACGACUCGCCUGGUCGCUUGGCUUCCGGUCGCCAUGGUGCUGGCGCUGUUCGUCUGGGCGUACUACGUCUACAUCUUCAUCUUCUGCGGCUCCCUCGUCCAGGACAACAUGCAGCGCGUGGUGUUCGGCGGUGUCUUCCACCUACUGCUGCUUCUGUGCCUUUGGUCGUUCGUGCAGACUACAGUGACCAGCGUGGCUCCCAUACCGCGGUACUUUGCGCUCAGCGACAGCGACCAGCGGCUCAUGGACCAGUGCGCCGACGAGGAGGCGCGCUACGAGUUCCUCGAGAUCCUGGCCGACAGCCGCGGAGUGCUGACGCGAGGCGCCAACGGGUUGGUCCGCUUCUGCAACACCUGUAAGCAGGUCAAGCCCGACCGGGCCCACCACUGCUCCCAGUGCAAGAGGUGCAUCCCGAAGAUGGACCACCACUGCCCGUGGUUCAACAACUGCGUCUGCUUCAGCACGUACAAGUUCUUUCUGCUCACGAUAUUCUACGUGGUGGUCCUGAGCGUGUUCGGACUGCUGAGCGCGACGCACCACGUGGCCGGCGCGUGGACAAACCAUGCUGCCUCCGACGUCACGCUGCACGCGACCUUUCUGUAUGUGUUCGGCGUGGUGCUGUCGCUGUCGCUGGGCUCCUUCCUCUACUUCCACAUCACCAUGGUCUGCAGCAACGUCACCACCCUGGAAGACCUACGACCGCACCAGUUCAAGGACAGGAGGGACUCUUUCGACGUGGGCUUGCGCAACAACAUCGCUGAGGUGUUCGGCCACCGCAAGGCCCUCUGGUUUCUGCCAGUCUUCACGGCGCUCGGAGACGGGGCCCGGUUCCCGACACGACUUCACCCGGACCGAAACGUGUACGCUUCUCCUGCGUCGGUGGUCGUCGAGCCGCCAAGGCCUCCCGUGCCAGUUCCUCCGGUGCCCGUGGCAACCGGAGCUGCCACGCGGAUGCCUCCGGUCGUGGGUCCUCCUUCUUGCCGCUAUCCGGUUCCAUCCAGCGAGUCGGUGGCCCUGACGUCGUCGACGCCCCCACCACGCCUGCCACGUCGCGCUGGACGCCGCGCUCGCUUGCCUCCGUUGGCCAUCACCAUUGUGCCCAGCAGCGAGACGCCCGCGUCGCAGCUUCACUCGACGGACAAGAAGGACGUAACGACGUCGGUGGCACCGCCGACGACAUUGUCGUCGGCGGAGGUGCGAUGAUUUGCAUAGCGCGCGCGAGUCAUGCCGUCCCCGGAACUUUGCGUUUCCGGUUGAUUGAGGCAGACAUGCGCGCGAUGCUUGUACUUAAAGCGUCAAACUCCUUGUUAAGGAACAAUUCAUGUACAAGUAAACAUUUCGUAUGUUGAAUGCGAACC